AGAGCCAGUGUAGAUAGGCCUAGGUGGGAGUGUUGGCUCCAUUCCCCCACCCCUAAGGGCCUUGGAGGCCCAGUCAGUCCUCAGGAGCCUAGUUAGGCCCACUGAGGUAAAGCAGUCAGGUGGACAGCACAGGGGGGACCCCCAGAAGCCUGUAAAGCCUGGACUCGCCAUGGCCUCUCCCUGGAUCUUACUGGAGAAGGAUGUGUUUAAUCCCCAGAAUGAGAGACUGCUGGAAAUCAUCCAUGUCUGGAAAACGGGAAAGAAGCGGAAGAACUCCAUCCUCUGUGUAGUUGUGGCUGCUUGUAGGCCAAUACAGUUGUUCCUAGAGAAGGUAAAGAAGGCAGAUCGAGGUGAUCAGUACAAGAUGACUGACAGGUGGCCCUUAAAGGAUCUGAAGCUGGUAGAUGGGAAGAAUGUCAAUCAGGAAUGUCUGGAGUUUGAGUUGCAGUUUGAUAAGGUUUACAAGUGGACAGCUGUCAGUGCUGAUGAGAAGAAAGCCUUUAUCAGAUGCUUGUGGAAGCUGAAUCGCAGAUACCUCUCAAGCAGCAUUGCAUUUGUUAGCAUCCCCUCCUGCAUGCUGGAAGGGAAACAGAGUCUACAAGAGGUUGGAAACGCCAGUGCAGAGGCUGGGGACCAGGCUGAGCACAGUGCCUACCAGGAGAUGACGCCAAAGGAAACGGCUGACAUGCUGAAGCUAAUGGAGGAGUAUGAGCCAAUAGUGAAUAAUUCCAUGGCCUUUGCAGAGAAGUUGAGCAAAGACCUCCAGGUGCUGGAUGAGGCCAAUCUCCAGGCCAUCAUCUCUUCCGAGAAACAGGUGACAUUGCUGAUGGGCUCCAUUGACAAGGCCCUGGCAGAAGUUGCCAAAGUGGAAGAGACUUUGCAAGUUUAUGAUGAGCUGCUGGGGAGCGUGAAGCAGCAGAUGGAUCACAUCCAGCAGGGGAACUCCUUGCUGCACCAGAUAGACUCCAACCAUGAGAAGCUCAUGAGCGAGAUUGUCUUCCUCACGAGUAACCUGGACCUUAGCGAGAAGCACCGCCAGGUUCUGAGCCGGGGCGACCUCUCUAGCCCCAGCAAAGUGAAGGCCUGCAUUGCAGCAGCAGAAGCUCUCUCCAGCUGCAUGAAUGUUCAGAUACAGCCUGGUUACCGGAAGCUGCAGGCCAUAGCAGAACAGUUGAUCAUGUUUGAAACACUGAAGCAGAACUUUGAAAACAGUUUCAUCAGCCAUAUUACAAGCAUCUUUGAACUGCAGGGAAAUGGUCAAAUUCCUGCUCGAAUGCAGCAGGCUAGUGAGCUAAUUUCAUCCACCCAUGGGCCCUACCAUGAUGACCUGCUACCUUACACUCCACUUAUGGCCUGGCUGAAGAAUGCCAACCCGAUCCUGUUCUAUGAUCUCCCAAAGGUCUAUGCCUGGAAUCUUAGCAGACUCUACGAGAGGGAAAUCAAAGCUUUUUUCGAGCUGGCCAGAAUGAUGCUGCUGGGAAGAACAAAGGAAUGUUUUCCAGAAGGUCUAGACAAGCAGGUGGCCUGUGGGAGCAGACAGCACCCUCGGUUCUGUCUCGCUGACAGCAGAGAAGGGGAAGAGGAUGAACCGGACAGAGGAAAUGUUGUCAAAAUGCUGGAGCAGGUGUUGAGAGAGCUGCAACCCCUGUGCAUCGCGGAGCAGAGGUUUAUUGAGCAAUUCUUUAUGCUGAGCCAGGAUGCUGCAGCCCAAGAGUGGCUGGGGCUACCUGCCACAAGCAAGGGAGGAAAGGAUGUGGCGUUUCCUGAGAAGUUUCAUUGGCCCAAGACUAAGACCGAACUAGAAGAGCAGCCCACCCAGCUGCUGUCUGAGAUCUUCAGUUCCCUGGAGCCAGAGCUGAGAGGAUUUAUAGAUACCUGCAAUAAAGCCCAACAGUUUAGCUGCCUGCAGGUCCUGGUCACCCUGAAUGACUAUAUGUUUGAGAUGCAGGGCUCUUCCGCAGCCACCUCCUCCUCCUUCCUCAACGUGGUCCUCAGCAACAUCCUGCUCCUGGCCAAGAACAACUUCAACAAGUGCAUUUGUGUCCUGUGCAAAGAAAUCGAGGAAGCGAAGGUACCUAGCAAGGCUAAGGGCGGGAUCCUGCCUUUCGUCAGCCGCUUUGAGGAGUUCGUGAAUUUCUCGGAGGAUGUGUUCAGAUGGGCUCAGCAGAGAGGCGAACUGGACAAAGCUCACACCAAACUAGUGGGCAGCGUCUUCAGCAGCAGUCCCUCUAGGCCUAUGUGCUUUCUCCCGUUCUUUUUAGUCAACAGUCUGGCCUCAGCAAACCUGAAGGUCAAUACGGACAUGGUCAUGAUGGAAAACUUCCACCACAUCCACUGCUUUCUGUACCAAAAGAAGAUCCAGUGCUUGGAAAACAAGAGAAGGGAAGCCAAGCAAAGGUACCAUGAGCACCUAGAGAGAUAUGUCACCAAGUACCUGGGACAGCCACUGGAGAAACUCAACCAUUUCUUCGAGGGGGUGAAAGCCCGCGUGGCUCAGGGAGUGAAAGAAGAGGAAGUGAGUUUCCAGCUGGCGUACAGCAAGCAGGAGCUGCGGAAGGUGAUAGAAAAGUACCCUGGCAAGGAGGUGAAGAGAGCUCUGGAUACUCUCUACAGGAAGAUUCACAAGUAUCUCUCCCCUGAGGAAAACCUUCUGCCGGUGGUCUGGCGAGCCAUGGAACAGGAGUUCAUACGGCAGUAUCAAGAGUUCGAGAACCUGAUCCAGCACUGCUACCCAGGGUCAGGGAUCACAAUGGACUUCACCGUGGAGGACUUGCUGAACUAUUUUAUCUCCGUCACUCAGUCCAGCAUGUGAAAGCAAUCCCUGCUGGCUAGGUGUGUGGUGAGAACAGCUCCCGCUGGUGCCAAAAAAGCUCCAUCAGCAGCCAAGGAGCCGAAAUGACCAUGUGAAAAUUUACUCUGGACUGACAUUUGGCACAAGAGUUCUUAGCCUAGGUUUAACCCAAUAUGGGGAUCUACCGAAUUAAAGGAGAACUUUCACAGUCGUCAGCCUAAAAAUUGACCUUCCCUGAGAGUGGAAGCUUUGAGAUUCCUUUUCCCCCAGCAGAUCCAUGCACAGCCAAUAAUAAGCCCAAACUGCUGGGUUUCUGUGACUCCCCUACAGCACUGCUUUGUAACAUCCUGUCAGAGUGCGUGGCCAUAGAAACCUCCUGUCGGAGCAACCCAUGCUCAUUAGACUCUUUCUGAGCACGCACAUCAGCUUCUUUAUGCCAAGUCGCACAGCACUGAUCAGAUGGGGGAAGGAGGCGAGAUAUAUUUGCAACUCUGAACUUAUGAAUUUAUAGGAGGGUCCAAGUGAGGAUGUAAUUUUUGGCCACUUUGACUAUUUCCAGUUAAUCUCUCUUCUGCGUUCAACAUACCCAGUUUUAUAUAAAACUAGAGAUGGAUCCAUGGUUAACAAUUUGGAUCUGGAUUUCAAACGCCCUAAAAUGCCAGGGAGUCUGGAUCUCGGGGAUUGGUGCAGCCCAUUGUAAAACUGAGGAUCAUUUGUAAAAUCUGGAUAUGGGUUUGGAUUUCCAACACCCUUGAUGUUUAUGGUUGUUUGGGUUCGAGGUUUUGGUUUAGGUCUGUCUAUACAAAGCACAACGUUUGUUUCCUUUCCAUAGCCCAGCAUCUCCCACAAUUCUGGUAUGAAUGGGCUAUUCUCCUCCUGUCUGCAAUUUCCACAGGUGGCUCAAAGCUGCAGCAGAGCCUGUGCUAGUCAUGUCCCUUUCUCCUGCUUGCUACCAGUUCUUCGGUUUCCACAGAAGCAGGCAAAUGGCGGUUUGCUUCUCUCCUGUCCCUUUCUUUUAGAUGUAUUUGUAGCCAUUUUGGUGGCAGUUAUAUUUGUGUUUAUUUUCAAGCCUCCUCACCUCCUCCCAGUCAGGAUCUAAGCAGCACCAGGGUCAGAGACACCCGGAUCGGCCUCAGAGUCCAAAACCAGAGCAGCCCGUUCUCUCUUUGAUAUGGCUGAAAUGAGCCAUCUAUCUGCUUGCCAAGAUCAUUUCCACAGGCUUGCCCAAUAGCAUCUGGACAUGCCAUAAGCGGUGGUUCUUGUUUCUUCCUUUGGCUGCAUUGAAGCAAAUGGAUCCAUGCUUAUGAAUGACGCACUGCAACAUAAAGGGCUUUCCAUCACACAUGUAUGCAUGCUGUUAGCCAUCUCAAAUGUUGCUUAAUCUAUCAAUUCUGCUGUACAAAGAGUUUAAAAAUGAGAAUUAUUUUACGUGACGUUGUUAUGAAUGUUUCAUUUCCUAGGAUGGGACAAAAACUCUUAUGCAACCUGGAGCAAUUUCCCAGGGAUCUUCCCACUCUUAUCUAAUUUAGCUUGUCUGCCCAUGGACAGUAUCACAAGAUAAUAAAAUCCUUUCAGUGUUGGCCUCAUUGCUUUGACCUGCUCUUGUAUCCCAAUGUGGUCACCUCGUAUUGUACGGGAUGUCUACUCAGGCAGCCUUCCCUCAUGGCACUGGGAUGAAUCUGAAGCUCUUGGCUCAAUACAAAGUAAAAUCUUUUUU